CCUUGAAUGAGGAUGGCAGUGCGGCUCACAGCUCUAAACCUGAAGACUCUACGGUGCGCCAGUUCUCAUGAAUGGGAGUCAGAGUCCAGCCCGGAGAGACUGCUGUGAGCUUCAACACUGAGCGAGAGAGAGAAAAAAAUAACAUUCACCUUUAAAUAGAUCAGUAAAUUAUUCAUCAGCGGGUUUGCUUGUAGACAAGUUUCACUGCAGCAGAGGGACACUUUGCAAACUUUGCCACAUGGACAACGGCUGUGAGACUGAGAGAUCCUGAACACAGGGGGAAAGAUCCAUAAAGAGGAAGAGAAGACUGGAUCCUGAGAUGCCAGAAGACGCUAAUAAGGAGGCCAUGAGAACACCAGCGACACCAGAGAAGGCCAACAAUGCUGAGCACCCUGCUGCCGCCAUGACUGCAGUAAACAUCCCCCUGGUUAAUGAAGUCCAGCUGACUGCAGCCACCGGCGGGGCAGAGCUCUCCUGCUAUCGUUGCACCAUCCCGUUUGGAGUGGUGGUGCUCAUUGCGGGCAUCGUGGUCACCGCAGUGGCUUACAGCUUUAACUCGCACGGAUCCACCAUCUCUUAUUUUGGCCUGGUGCUCCUCUCUGCCGGACUUUUCCUUUUAGCGUCCAGCGCCGUCUGUUGGAAGGUGCGGCUGGAGAGGAAGAAGGAGAGGCGGCGGGAGAGCCAAACCGCCUUGGUUGCAAACCAGAGGAGCAUUUUCAGCUGACCCGGCAGUUUGAAGGACACAUCUCCAAGUUUUCUGAGUCUGAGAAGGCCUGAUCUCGACACGGUUUGAUGAAGAACCAGCUGACAGCAGAUGCUGUCCAGAAUGUGUCUUCAGUUUCCGACCUGUAAAAGCUCUGACUCUCAAGGCCCAGAAUUCAAAGCUUUGAAGACAUUGUAAGGGAUUUAUUUGUCAAACAGACGUGGAGCAUCUGGCAAGCUGGGAAUGCCGCCAGAAGGAAUGUAUCACAAUUAAGAUGAAUUACCACUGUGCGGAGUGGCGUAGAGGAAGUCUCCCAUUAAUCUGCUGUUGGAUGUGGUGGCUUUGAUUGCAGUGGGAAGAAUUGUGGUUUGGAAAAGUCGGGAAAGAAGAUGGAAACUGGAAAGUCCAGAACAAUGAUUCACGCCUCAUCUACUAGGCUUCAACUUGCACAUAUCUGUUUAGAAAGUCUCAUCUUACAGGAAAUGGUAAGAAAUUACCUGUUAUUGAAGUAUGGUACAUUGUAGUGGCAGAGAAGGACUAUUUAACUUUGAAUAUGUAUCCUCUUAAAGCACUUUGAUCCUACAUGUUCAUCAUAUUGUGUAAUAAAUUGCAUUUCUUAAGAAAUUCAUGUAAAGAUGCAUCCAGCAGUACUUUAUUAUGGAGGUGUGGAACAUUUUUGUCUAUAGCCCUUAUUGUCUAAAAUUAAACUAGCAUAUGUUUUGUUUUAAUGUAACCGUUUGCAUGUAUCAACUGCUAUCACAUCAU